CAAAACCUUGGCCAUGGAGGAAAUUAAACUUACACAGAAUGUCCAUAAUGAGACUCUGGGUGCUGUUAUUUCAGACAAGAAGAAAGGAGGUAAAUUCCAGCCUUUUAAGAAGUUGUUUGGCAGAAGGAAAAAGAAAGACACUUUGUGGUCCCAGGAGGCAUCAGCAGGCGAUAAGAGUCACUCUCCCCGGAGUGUCAGCAAUGGGAACUUCUCUUCAGAUGAGGAGACCCUGGAAGACAAUCUAAGGUCCUUCAACUAUUCUAUGGGAACCCGGGCAUUUUCCCAUGACAGUAUUUUUAUCCCUGAUGGGGGAGCAGAAAGUGAGCAGACAGUUCAAGCAAUGUCACAGGACAGCAUCCUGGGCAAAGUCAAAACUCUUCAGCGGCAGUUGAGCAAAAACAUCAAGUUUGGGCGGCCACCACCCAAUGCCAUUCCCAUGAAGAAGGCAGAUGGUGGUGAGGCUAGCUUAGAAGAGGAUCUGUUCCUGACCAGUCCCAUGGAAAUUGUGACUCAAGAGGACAUCAUCCUCUCAGACACCGAGAACAAACCCAGUGACACUCCAAGUUCUCAGAGUCCUCCGAAUCGGCCUGGAGCCAGAAGUGAGAUGGAAGAGAAGGUGGCUCCAGUGAAACCGUCUCGGCCAAAAAGGCACUUCUCUUCUGCUGGAACCAUCGAAAGUGUCAACCUAGAUGCCAUCCCCCUGGCCAUCGCUUGCCUGGACAACAGUGCCGCCAAACACAAAUUGUCCGUAAAGCCAAAAAACCAGAGGGUGUCCAAGAAGCACCGGCGGCUUGCCAGGGAUCGACCAAAUGAACACGGUGGCCUUCCGCAUCAGCCCUCCCUGGACCAGAACGGACACGCUGGAGAAGACAAGCCAGUUUGGCACGAAGAGGAACCAGAGCUGCUGGACUCCGAAGAAGAGAAGAGAUGCCAAGAAGAAUACUGGCUAGAACUUGAGGCCAAGUGCAAACGGCAGAAGGCUGAGGCAGCUGAGAGGAGACGUCUGGAAGAGCAGAGACUCCAGGCCCUGGAGAGGAGGCUUUGGGAAGAGAACAGAAGCCAAGAGCUCUUGGAGGAGGAAGGAGAGGACGAGCAGGGAGAGGAGACAGAACUGCAGGAGGAGCAGCGGCGGCGGGAGGAGCAGCAGCGGCGGCUGGAAGAGGAGCAGCGGCAGCGGGAGGAGGAGCAGCAGCGGAGGCUGGAAGAGGAGCAGCGGUGGCGGGAAGAAGAGCAGCUGCGUUUGGAAGAGGAGCAGCGGUGGCGGGAGGAGGAGAAGCGGCUGCUGGAAGAGGAACAGCGCCGGCGGGAGGAGGAGGAGCAGCGGGAAAGGGAGGAGCAGCGCCGGCGGGAGGAGGAGCAGCGAGAACGGGAGGAGCAGCGGCGGCGGGAGGAGGAGCAGCGGCGGGAGGCGGAGGCAGCGGCCGAGGAAAGGGCGGAGCGGGGAAAGCGGGAGGAAGUGGAGGCCGCGAGGCGGCAGGAAGCGGAGCGUCGGGAAGCCGCGAGAGUGCGCGAGGAGAGGUGGCAGCAGCUGGACGACAAAAGGGGCUUGAGCCCACAUCAGGUGGACUUGGCAGAGAAACCUGGGAAACGAGAGCACCUGCAGCCCGAGAAGCAACGGGAAAGCUCCGAGGAAUCCAGGAUUUGCGAGAAGCAGAGUCAGGAGGCCGAGGCAGCCGGCGAGCCGCAGGGACGGCGCGGUGCUGGUCCUGGGCAUGGCCGUCGUGCACGUCCGGAAGAGAGACCAGAAACUAGCGCGCAGCCUCCCCAGAAACACGAGGCGCAAGUGGAAGAGGCUCCCGGGGAGGGGAAGGACGCCGCCGCCCCAGAAAAAGACAGGAAGGGGGAGGAACUCCGGUGGCAGGAAGUGGACGAGAGGCAGAGCAUGCCCAGGCCCUACACUUUCCAGGUGUCAUCGGGAGGGAAACAGAUUCUCUUCCCCAGAGUCAAUUUGAGCCCAGUGACGCCCGUGAGAGAUGUGGGACUGGCCUCCGCUCCCCACGCGCCGAAGACCCCCCGAGCCAGCGCGGCCGCCCACGCCCUGCACUCCUCCCUGAGUGUCCCCCACACAGCCAUUCUGGUGACGGGCGCGCAGCUCUGCGGCGCGGCGGUCAACCUGAGCCAGAUCAAGGACACGGCAUGCAAGUCUCUCCUGGGCUUGUCAGAAGAAAAGAAGCACGUGGAUGUCCCUGCCCUGGAGAGCGCAGCCCGCGCGCCUGUUGAGCCCCGGGCAGGCAGCGGGAAGGUCAGGGCCCCCCAGGAGUCUCCGAGCAGUGUGGCCGCGCUAGCCGAGUGGGCGUCCAUUCGGUCCAGGAUCCUGAAGAGCGCGGAGGGUGAGCCGCGCAGCGAGAGGGGCCGGUCUCGGCCGGGUGAUGAGCACGCUCCCAGGGCCCGCAGUGAUUCCCGCGGGAACCUCCGGAAGACCCCCCCAGUAAGUGCGAAGUUCUCUAUUAUGCCUGCCUGGCAGAAAUUCUCUGACAGUGGCACCGAGACCUCCAGACAGAACACAGAAGCAGAGAGCAUUAGAAAAAGACCCUCGCCGGGAGCCGGCGACGGCUCGGUCCCCCAGCCCCUGGCUACUAACGAGCUCCCCAAGGGCGCGGAGAAACCAGAGCCAGCAGACACCACAGAGGGGUGCAAAUUUGCCAAAGACCUCCCGUCUUUCCUUGUCCCAAGCCCUGCCUACCCGCCUCACAAAGCCGUGGCCCAUGCAGAAACCAUGGCCGCUGCGGACAGUGAGACCACCAGCGGGAGAGGAAAGCCGGACCCCUCGAUGCCUGGCCAGGAGGAAAAAGCCUCACCUUUCGGAAUAAAAUUGAGAAGGACCAACUACUCCUUGCGCUUCCACUGCGACCAACAGACAGAACAGAAGAAGAAGAAAAGGCACAGCAGCACCGGGGACGGUGCCGAUGGCGGCCCGCCCGCACCAGGGAGCGCAAAAGGAGAGGAGACGGAAGCCGUGGCCCCCAAGCAUGGCCCGGCCCUGCCCGCCGAGAGGAAGCCAGCCCUGUCCGCCUGGAAGGACUCGGCCGCAAGAGCCCACCCUUCUCCCGCGGCCUCGCCGGCCGGCAACCACACCCCCGCCGCAGAGCACGACAAGGCGGCCACCAAAGCGCCCCCGGCGCAGAAGCCAGCGCUGGCCCCCAAGCCCGCCGGCCAGACGCCCCCCUCGUCCCCACUCUCCAAACUGAGCAGGCCCUACCUGGUAGAGCUGCUGGCCCGCCGCGCGGGGAAGCCGGACCCGCCCGAGAGCAGUGACCCCCGGCCGCCGUCGCCGCCGCCGCCGCCCGCAGAGCCGAGGCGGGCGCACCAGAGGGAGGAGGAGGAGGAGGAAGUGGUGGAACCGGAGCGCAAACCCGCUUCCCCGGCCCAGCCGGCCGCUCGGCCGGAGAAGCCUUCCCAGACCCCCGAGGCCGCGAGGAAAGAAAAGCCGGUUCUUCAGAGCAGGCACUCUUUAGACGGCUCCAAACUUGCGGAGAAGGUUGAAACUGUGCAGCCACUGUGGAUAACAUUAGCACUGCAGAAGCAGAAGGGGUUUCGAGAGCAGCAAGCAACUCGAGAGGAGAAGAAGCAAGCCAGGGAGGCCAAACAGGCCGAAAAGCUCGCCAAAGAGAACGUCGGUGUCGGCCCACAGCCCGGAAGCAGCAGCGUGAGCAGGGCGGGGUCCCUGCACAAGCCCACCGCCCAGCCGGAAGAGAAGAAGCCAGAGACAGCAGCGUCCAGGCUUGAGCGCAGAGAACAGCUGAAAAAGGCCAACACCCUUCCUACAUCUGUGACAGUGGAGAUCUCGGAUUCAGCCCCUGCCGCGCCGCUGGUGAAAGAAGUCACAAAGAGGUUCUCAACCCCAGAUGCUGCCCCCGUGUCAACAGAACCAGCCUGGCUGGCUUUGGCCAAAAGGAAAGCCAAGGCCUGGAGCGACUGUCCACAGAUCAUUAAGUAGAGUGACUUUUAUCCACUCCUACUGCCAGUUACUGGCUCUUCUCUUGCCCUUGUUAUUUAUUUUUUAUAUGAGGUAAAGAAACCACGCUAGGGAAAACAGCAUGUUUUAUAGGCUCUAAAAUAAUGUUCAGAAACUGAAUCGGUGGCAUUCCCUGUAAAGAGUAUUUGCACAAUCCUAGGUCCUGGUGCCUUGAGCUCUUCCUCGUUCUCAAGAGAAAAUUCCAUCCGAGGGACCACAUGAAGCAAAAUCUCCAAACUAAGAACUUUUCACAAGAGCCUACCAUGCCCCUACCACAGCCCUUCCACACAUACACACCCACACACCAUUUAGAACAGGAUGUUUGCCAAUCUUUGCUUUUUGAUUCUUCAACUUCUUUUAUCUAGAACAUUUACCCUACCAUAUGUUUGGUGGUUUCUUUCCUUUUCUACAGUAAUGGCGAAAGAAGGGGUCAUACAGACAGAAACAAGAUGCCCGUUCUCCUGAAUGCAUUGAGUAACUGGGAAUCCUAACAGUCUGGCUGCCAACUCUGCCCACGUCUGCUUUUCUGAAUCCUACCUAUCUGAAACCGUAACACAGAAAGUGAAUCUGUUCACACUUCCACCACACUGAUGUCCGACAGGUCCUGUCAUACUGGUACUCUCCUUCAGGACAUGCUAAACAUUUGGCCUAGGUGGCUCCUAGGGAACAUUUCUAUUUAGGAUCAUGAAGAAAGGAAGCCACAGAUUCUCUUCCCAGCUCUGAGAAUCCCCACCUAGUGCAGUGGUUCUUAAGAUGUCCUGGCCCCAUCUCCUGCCUUCCGAAUUCGAUCCUGUGAGUCUGGGCCAGGAAGGUCUAUUCUGGCAAAACUCUUCAGACCAAUUCUGAUACAUCCCAAAGGAGAACCUUGGGAUACACUGCUUCCAGGGUAAUCUAGCUUUUAAAACUCUGAAGGGGAGGCUCAUUUUACCCAAAGAAGUGGGAGGAAAAAUUAAAAAACCAAUCCACCAAACCAGACAUUUACUACAAGAUAGGGGAGGCUACUGACAUUGAAGGUCUCGAGUAUUCCCUUAGGUCUUUAGGGAAAAUUUAACAGGAAGCCAAGAUUUGGAGCCUUUGUACUAAGGACUUCUGUGGAAAGUUUCUUUACCAUAAUCGAGUAAUUCAUAUUUAGAGUCAAAUGUUCAAUAGCGUUUGUAAUUUUGAGCAUUCACCUUGCUAUCUUUGAAAACAUCUCCGAGUCUUAAGUGGCCUUGCUACUCCAACCGUGUGGUCCAAAGAAGGGACACGGCGAUUCAAAAGCAUGAAGCACAGGCCUCCCAGCCAACCACACGUUGCCAAUACUGACUUUAUAUUUCAUGGUGUUGGCAUAUUCUCCUUUUCUGAGAUUCUGACUCCAUAAUAGAAGUAUACAUCCUUUGCCCAAUGCAUGGGGAACUGCAUUCCUUUUCCCUCUCCUGCAAAAACCCAUCUUAUCAGUAUCCAUCAUUUUCCUCUAUGCGGAGCUCACCUGACAGGCGAUGUAUUGUUGCUUUCCUGCCAUUCACCACAGAGAAGGCAUUUUCUUUUCUGGAAACCAUGGCUCAGCCUCAUGGUUAGCAGUGGCACGUAUAUACGGUCACGCGGACGGUUGUACUCCUGCAAGCUGGACUUAGUAUACUGUCUAUAUACUGGACCUUCCAACUGUUAAGAAUCAGUGUAAUAAUUUUCUUUUAUUCCUGUGGGAAGCCAUUAAUAUUCCACUGCAUGUUUUCCACACUGAUGUUCAUUCCUAAAUCAAACAUAUAGGCAUUUGUCAGUUUUCAGUGAUUUCAUUACUAACAUAACACACUUUUUAAUGGGAAUCUUUCCACCUAGAGCCCUGGUAUUAUAGUGCUACGAUAAUUCUUCUUAACUUUCUCUUUCAUCCUGUCAGCUCUGGAUAAUACCCCAGUAAGGGUGGAGAACAGGGGAAGCAAUCGGGUCACUGAUGAAGAAUCCUAGAUGAGCCCACUGCUCCUGGCUCACACGGCACCGAGCUCGUGCGAAGUAGGAGAAAAUACCUCAGUUACAAAGUUUCUCUUAAAGUCUGCAAACGUAAAAGAGGACACUGAGGACAGGACAGUCACAGCACUUACUUCCAGCAACUUCUAAAGGGUACAUGUUUAAUAUUUCAUGUAAAAUAACUCCACCAAAUUUGCACUAAAUACCAAUGAAGUGUUAUUUUGCUUUAGUUGUGUUGCCGUCUUUUCUGAUCAACAAACUAUGGGGGAAAUUCUAUAAAAAGACUUUUUUUUAAAUGAAUAAUUGCUAUGUUAAAUAUAUAAGUUUUUUUUUUUAAUGUAAACAUACACUUCUCUUGGCAAAGGUAACAGAUUAACCUCUGUUCAUAAACUUAUAUAUAUAUAACUAGAGCUUUUUGUUUACUUUUUUAAUUUUUCAAGUGCAAUUCUUACACAUUAAUUACUAUUAAGUUAUUUUAGAGCCAGUUAUCAGCAAAUUAUAGUAUGUAUUCAUUGUCUCUUCUUGUGACAUUUAGUUUAAUUGCUUAUUUUAAAGCAGAAACGUUAGUUACAAGUGUCUUGCCAUAUUUUUACCAAUAAUAAAAUUGAGUAGAGACAACAAUGAAAAAUAGUGUGAUUUUAAUAUUAUUUUGAGAUUUUUGGGUUUGGUAUAAAGGUUUAAUGUAAAAUGUCCAUUAUUGAAGGAAAUGAUCUUUCAAUAAAAAAUACCUACAAGA